UGCGAGUGUGUGUGAGUGUGUGUGUGUGUGUGUGUGUGAUCGCUGGGUGGAGCACCAGUGUACGGCAGGUCUCGUCUCUCAUUGCGGCGGCUGGAGAUCCAUCGAGCGGCGGCGGAAUGUCGCUCCGCUGUCGGUGUGCGUGAAGAGCAGGUGGAGGAAGAGGAGGAGGAGGAUGAUGAUGAUGGAGGAAUCCGACAGCAUCCCCUGCACCGCGGAGGACGGACUCCUGUCGAGCUGGAGAUGGAACAGAACCGCCAGGGAUCAGGUCCAAAUCAAGCAGAAGAUCCGAGAUCUGCCCGGAUUAUUAAAGCACGGACUGAACCUGCGCAAAAAGAGCCAGUCACCGGACACCAUCCCAGGACCCAGCACGGGCGUCACACCCAAACCCAAGACAUGUUCCCAGAGUUUUCCCUGCGCUGGACGAGCUCUGAGAAACGCCUUUCUGUCUCAUGGACCGUAUCCAGCGAAAGACAAGAUCCACCUCGCCAGGAUCAUCAGGAGGAGUUAUGUCGGCGUGGAGCUGGUCCAGUGGCUCCUGGAGCAGUGUGUGUCGGUUCAGUGCAGGUUAAUGGCGUCUCGUGUCUGGCAGGUUCUGCUGGAGCUCGGAAUACUGCACUCAGUCGACCAGCGGCUGGUGUUUGAAGACUCCAACACGUACUAUCAGUUCUCGUUCGAGGAGUGCGACGCUCAGGGCUGUGAGUUUCGUAACGAGGAGGAAUGGCAGAACGGCGUCCGUCUUCUGUUGCAGCUCGUGCCCUACGUCCAGUUCAGGGUCGUCAGCCCGCCCGAGGAGGACCCGGACAGAAAGCGUGACAUCUGCAGUGAGAUCCUGCAGAUGAAGGCUCUGGAGAGACUCACCUCCACGGUGCAGAACGAGCUGGCUGCGGCUCUCGCCAGGAAAGCCAAGAAGUCCAUGUCAGAAGACGAAAGCUCCGAGGCGUCAGACGCUUCUCCUCCAGAGCCACAGAAACCUGCUGAGGACAAGAGCAAGCAGGCGGGCGUCUGCGCUCUCCGGGCUCCCGAUGACUUCUCACGGCUGGAGAUGGUCCAGCGGCUGGCCAAAGACGGCUAUCGCUUCCUCCAGAACCAGAACUACCGGCUCCCGGACCGCUCCGCUCAGGCGCAGGGUGAGGGUGUCGUCCGCGUGUGUCUGAAGGAGAGAGGUCAAGACGUGCUGGUCCUCCAGAGAGUCCCGUCAGAUCCAGCGUCUCCGCAGACGGCCGGAGUCAAAGACGAGGACGGCGAUAAGAGGUACGUGGUGGUGUCCGGGACGCCCCACAAGAUCCUGGAGCACCUGCUGAGUGACCUGCGUCUGGACGAGCAGCAGGGGGCGACGGAGAGCAAGGAGGCGGAAAUGCUUCUGGACGACUUCCUGCUGACGUAUCUGGUGUUCAUGUCCACGAGUGAGCUCUGCCAGGCCCUGCUCGGACACUACUGUACGAAGCGCUGCCGGGGGAAGGAGGAGGGGAAGGAGGCCCUCUUCAGGAAGAGGAAGGUGCUGCACCUGGUGUCUCAGUGGAGCACGCUCUACAAGGACUUCCUGCGAGAGGAGGACAACGUCAAGAUCUUCAUGAAGACGCUGUACAGAUACGUGCUGGAGGACGUGUACGAGUUCCCCGCGCUGGAGAAGGACCUCAAGGACUUCCAGAAACUCCUGCGCCGGAGACAUACGGUGGACGACUACUCUCCACACCAGAAGAAUAAAGCGCUGUACCAGCAGCUGAGUCUGAAGGAGAACUGCGUUCCUCUCCGAGCAUCUCCAGUCGAGAGCAAAGACGUGAUGUGUCGUGUGUACGUGAGCUGUGACUCCUAUCUGAGUAUGAGGGUGAAGCCUGCGGUCGUAGCUCAGGAGCUGCUGCACAUCGUCUCUCAGCGCAUGGACCGAGCCGAGGACGACAUGAUGCUGGUGACACAGACCUACAGCGGAGAGAAGCGUGUUCUUCAGCCUCAUGACAGUAUUUACUCCGAGUCUCUGCUGUCGCCGGGCAGACUGAGCGCCUGUCGCAGGGACCUCAGUGAGAUCCUGCCGCCGCUGACCGAGUGUCCGGAGCUGGGUCAGAGGCCCGUCAGGCUGCUGGGGAUCAACACGUGGGACGUCGCUGUGGCUCUGACCAACUUCGACUGGAACCUCUUCAACUCCAUCCACGAGCAAGAGCUGAUCUUCUACACGUUCAGUCGUCAGACGAGUAGUGGACACACGGUGGCUCUGGAGUUUCUUCUUCAGCGCUGUAAUGAGGUUCAGCAGUGGGUGAUGUCUGAGGUGCUGCUCUGUCCGUCGCUCAGCAAACGAGUGCAGCUCCUCAAGAAGUUCAUCAAGAUCGCCGCCCACUGUAAAGCGCAGAGGAACCUCAACUCGUCGUUCGCCAUCAUCAUGGGUUUAAACACGGCCGCCGUGAGCCGUCUCAAUCAGACCUGGGAGAAAGUUCCUGGAAAGUUCAAGAAGCUCUUCUCGGAGCUGGAGCUGCUGACCGAUCCAUCCAUGAAUCACAAAGCCUACAGAGACGCCUUCAAGAAGAUGAAGCCGCCCAAAAUCCCCUUCAUGCCUCUGCUGCUCAAAGACAUCACCUUCAUCCACGAGGGGAACAAAACAUUUCAUGAUAACCUGGUGAACUUUGAGAAGCUGCACAUGAUCGCUGAUACGGUUCGACUCAUUCGUCACUGUCAGACGGAUCAGACAGGGAGCGAGCUCUCUCCGUCCGACAGCCCCGAGGUGCGCUCCAGCGUUCAUUAUCUUCACAUCAUCGACAAUCAGCAGACGCUGUUCGAGCUGUCUCACCGCCUGGAGCCCCGCGUCUGAGCCACGGACUCUCUCUCACUGUACAGACACACUGCUUCUUCCUGUCCGGGGGAGAAGAGCCAACCUUCUCGGCAUCGUUUUGGUGAAAUGCAGUUGUCGAUGUUAUUUAACUUCUACCAGCACUCUGGACCAUAUUUAUAUAUUUGAAUUUAAUACUUCAGAUUGUCAGGGCUGGGCGAUACGAUCAUAAAAUAAUAUCUUCAAAAUAAUAUUUUAAUUUUUAAAAAUAUAUCACAUUUUAAUAUUUGAUUUUUUUCAGCCUUUUGGCCGCGUUUAGUGUAUAUUGAUAUUUAUAUAUUUGAAUUUUAAAGGCUGAUUUAUUUUAGUCAGAGGAUCCGUGAUUUCAACUAAUUUGAUUAAAAACGUUUAAAAUGCAGUUAAAAAAAAAGUCAUUAAUAAACAUAAAAAGCAAUAUUUACAUGCUUAAAAAAAUCGUUUAAAGUUGAUUCAUUAAAUGAAAAUGAAUCAGACUUGCUUAUGAGGUCUGAAGUUCAAAUCAGAAGCUUCAUGGCUAAAUAAUAUCAUCACACUGUCGUUUCAGUUUAUGAAUAUAUGAUGCUUUGUAAACACAAAAACAAAUAUGGCGCGUAAACAAAACAUUGAAUCAUUUGAAUCGAUUCAUUGCAACAGGUGGUUUGAACAACUGAAGUUCAAAUCAGAAACAUAGUGGCCAAAAUAAAAUCAUUGCAGCGUCGCUUCAGCU